AUGUCCUCCACCUCGAACGCCUCUGAAGACGAGUCCGAAGUGCAAACGCUCGUCCUACGCGUCCCCGUCGACGAGAACAACCGCAACGGAGUCCUCCUAGUUCCUCGUUCUUCUGUUGCCGUCCGUCCGAUGCAGGUCGUUGUUGUCCAUGGAGCCAUCCCUACGGCGCUCUACAGACGUUUCCAGCGUCUCGCCGACUACGGAAACAGGUCCGAAGGCCUCUUCUCCCUUACCAGAGUACCUGAGGACGUUCGCUGGUACAACGCAUGCGAGUCUCCAAUCCUGUCGGUGGACGACGAUCCGAUGGGCUUGCGCGUCGUGGGAUCGGUGAUGGACGUCGGGGAGGGCGAGGACGCCCGAGGAGUCUUCAUCGACAUCGACCCCCUUCGCGCCAUCGACCAUGAGGGAAUGCAUCGCAUGUACGAGAUGGCUCGUCCCGCUCCAGCUGAGUUAGCGGAGACGAUGCGCCUUCAUUGGAUCCCGGAGACGGAGGGGGACUAUGCGAAGGAGGUUGUACCGGUUUAUGACGCGACACAUCGCCUUCGCCCCGCGGCCUUCAUGGAGACAAUGCCGUUCAGUGAGCUGAAGGUCGGGGACGUCGUGGUCGCGGACUGCGUGGUGUACAAGUCCCAACACCGAUAUGGUUGGGACGUCGUCUUCAGCCUGGUGACGGUCGCGGUAUUGGCGCAGGUACCGAGGCAGAAUUAG